AUGUCUCAACAAGAACGCAAAGCGAUACACUUCGGCGCCGGCAACAUCGGUCGCGGCUUCAUCGGGCCCCUCCUCGUUGACUCCGGCUACCACGUCGUCUUCGCGGACGUGAACAAAGACGUCAUCGCACAACUCAACGACCAAGACUCCUACGACGUCCUCGUCCUCGAUGAAGAGGACGAGCAGCACGAGACCAUCUCCGACGUCUCUGGCGUCGUCUCCACCUCGGAUGACGUGCUCCGCGCAUUCGCCGACCCUGCAGUAGACAUCGUCACCACCGCCGUCGGGCCCGCCAUACUCGAGAAGAUCGCGCCGACGAUCGCGCGCGGCCUACACAUGCGGUGCGAAGCGGAAGCGGGCCCGCUCAAUAUCAUCGCGUGCGAGAACAUGGUGAACCAGACGUCGACGCUCCGGAAACACGUCUUCGCCGCGCUCGCGGACGACGACAAGUCGUGGGUCAAGGAGAACGUCGGGUUUGCGAACUGCUCCGUGGACCGCAUUGUGCCCCCAUUCGACCCCAAGGAUGGCGGGUCCGCACUGGACGUCGGCGUUGAGGGCUUCUACGAGUGGGUCGUGGACGAGAACGCACUGCACCACACGCCGCUCAACGUGCGCCUCAAGGGCAUCCGCCUCACGAGCGACCUCCAGGCGUACAUCGAGCGCAAGCUCUUCACCCUGAACUGCGGGCACGCGAUCACCGCCUACCUCGGCUUCCUCAAGGGCUACGCGACCAUCGACGAGGCGAUCCGCGACGACGAGAUCCGCGAGGCGGUGCGGAAUGCGCUCCUGAACGAGGGCGGCGCCGCGCUGCGGAGGCGGCACAAGUUCGACGAGAAGGAGUACGGGCAGUAUGUCGAGAAGACGCUGGACCGCUUCGCGAACCCGAAGCUGAAGGACGACAUCGUGCGGGUCGGCCGGCAGCCGCUGCGCAAGCUUGAGAAGGGCGACCGUCUGCUCGGGCCCGCGCACAUGGCGCGCAAGUACGGGCUCCCGAUCGAUAACCUCGCGAAGGGAAUUGCGGCAGCGUUCCUGUACGACGUGCCAGACGACAAGCAGAGCGUCAAGUUGCAGAAGAAGAUUGAGCAGCAAGGUAUCGGGAAGGCUGUCGCUGAGAUCACUGGCUUCGAGGAAGGCAGCGAAGAGCAUCGCAAAAUCCUCGAUGCGUAUACCUCCCUGCAUGAAACCAGUCGCAGCCACUCGUAG